CCCAUCCGGAUGCCUCUGGUUCUUAGCUGGCGACUCGUCGCCAUUGUUGUUAAAGCUCGUUUCUACGCUUCAACUUUCCGUUUCUCCCGUUCUCCUUCCCCAGGAGACCCGCUACCUCACUCUCGGGACUCGGUCUCUCCCUGCUGCCGGAGAAACUGCCUUCAGGGGUCGCGAUCCCCUCUGUAGCUUUUUUUCCCCCCACCCAGUACUUCGGCGCUGCGCCUCUGUCUUCCUCAGCAGCCCGAUAUUUUCAUUUUUUUUCCUCGUUUUACUGUCAGCAUGAUGUCGCCGUGAUGGAGCCUCUGUGUGUGAACACCAUGAGCUUGGGCCCUUGCCGCCUGAUCCCCCGCACUCGCAGCCUCCCGCUCUCCCCUCCCCUGGUCGCCUCUGUUGAUGCUGGAGAACCCGGCCUGUGUCUCCCAGGAACUCAACAACCACCACCGCAACGCCAUGGAGAAAAACGCCAACAGCAACAGCAAAGUGCUGCCCCGCUCCGGGUCUGCUGGGCCGGCCACCGGGGACUCUAAACCCAAAACAGAUGGAAAGAAUAGUAAUGGUUCAAAGCAGCGCCACACCCGCAAACGCGAACCCUCCUACCCUAAAACAGAGAGCUUCUCGGGGCAGGCUCACCGCCCCACCCCACAGAAAAGCAAGGCCUUCGACAAGAGACCCCCCCAGAGAGGAGGGGGCAGCCGGCUGUAUGGAGGGGGGUGCCGAGAGGAGGUAGCAGAGGCUCAGCGGGCCGAGUUCAGCCCGGCCCAGUUCUCUGGUCCCAAGAAGAUCAGCCUGAACCACCUGCUGAACUUCACCUUCGAGCCGCGUGGGCAGGGCGGUCCCGUCUCCGACGGGCAUGGGGGCUGGGGCCGGCGCAACAAGUGGGGGCACAAAGCAAAGCCCUUCAACAAGGAGCUGUUCCUCCAGGCAAACUGCCAGUUCGUGGUGUCUGAGGACCAGGACUACACUGCUCACUUCGCUGACCCAGACACCCUGGUCAGCUGGGACUCCGUACAGCAGGUGCGCAUCUACAGCCACGAGGUUCCCUCCUGCCCCAUCUGCCUGUACCCUCCCGUCGCUGCCAAGAUCACCUGCUGCGGACACAUCUUCUGCUGGGCCUGCAUCCUGCACUACCUGGCCCUUGGCGAGAAGACCUGGACCAAGUGUCCUAUAUGCUAUGAGGCCGUCCACACCAGCGACCUCAAGAGUGUGGUCGCGAUGGAGACCCGGCAGUACCUGGUUGGAGACACCAUCACCAUGCAGCUGAUGCGUCGUGAGAAGGGGGUGCUGGUGGCUCUCCCCAGUCCUAGGUGGAUGAAGGUGGAGGAGCCUGUUCGCCUUGGAGAUGACUUGCACAGCCAGUACUCGAAGUUGCUGCUGGCCUCACCCUCCCAGGUGCUGCAGCAGGUCGUAUGGGAGGAGAGGGCCUCUCUGCAGAGGCAGUACCUGGAAGAGGAGCACACCCCAGAGGCCUGCUUCAUCGAGGCUGCCCUGCAGAAGCUCAAGGAGCGCGAGGAAGCUUUGCUGAAGUCCUGCCCAGAGAAGGAGAUGACCGCCACUGAGGCCAGACUAGAAGCACUGACCGUGAGUGACCCUCCCUUGGCUGAAGUGAUCUCUGAGGUGUGGACCAAUGCAACCCCAAACAACAAGCCUGCGGUGCAGUACUCCUCUGCCUUCGACGAUGAGGUCAUUGACCCCGGCCUGCUGGAGGAGGGGGCCUCUGACUGCUCCCCAGAGAGCGAGCCCGCCCUCGAACCAGAGUCUGAGCUGCACCAGGCCCCCGAGCCUCAGUCUGAGCCGGCACCGAGCACUGUCACCACUGAACACGCUCAGACUGGCCAGCGCGAGACCGCCCUAAAUCCCACUGGGAACGGACCGUACUACUACUUCUACCAGGCGGAGGAUGGUCAGCAGAUGUUCCUGCACCCCAUUAAUGUGCGCUGCCUAAUGCGCGAGUACGGCAGCCUGGAGGGGAGCCCCGAGAAAAUCAGUGCCACCGUGGUGGAAAUCGAGGGGCACUCCGUGAAUGAGGAGGUGCGUCGCCGGCACCGCUACCUCUCCCACCUGCCUCUCACCUGUGAGUUCAGCAUCUGUGAGCUAGCUCUGCAGCCCCCCGUGCUGUCCAAGGAGACACUUGAUGCCUUUGCAGAUGACCUUGAGAAGAGGAGACACUUCCGUCAGAAGAAAGCGCGGGAAGAGAGACGCAGGGAGAGGAGGAUUGAGAUGGAGGAGAACCAGAAACAGGGGAGAUACCCCGAGGUGCACAUCGGCCUGGAGAACCUGCAGCACUUCCCUGCUUUCGGCUCCCCGCCUGCAGAUACUGUCGUCCCUCUGGGCCUCUCCCUCCAGUCGGAGUCCCUGCUGUCCUCUCACUCAGCACUCAGCUCCAGCCCAGCCUCUGACACAGUGAGCCUGGUGUUCCCCUGCCUGGGGGGCCUGAGCCCCCCUCCUUGUGUGGGGAGCCUGGAGGAUGACUCUCGCUGCCUCUCCUUUGCUCAGAUGCUGCGUGAUGGGAAGGCGAAGGCGGAUGGCUGGCCCAGGGUGACCCCAAAGAAAGCUGACCUGUUCCUGGCUCCUCCUGCUCCUGACAGCGAUGGGGAGAGUGAUGGGUCCGACCGGGUCCCGGUUCCCAGCUUCCAGAACUCCUUCAGCCAGGCCUUCGAGGCGGCGCUGCUGCAGCUGGACAAGGGCCCGGGUCCGCUGCCUGAACCGGCUCAGAGCACUGGGAGGCAGGGAGGGGCACUGGGGCACAGUGCAGAGGAGAAAGUGGGUAAGAAGAAAAAGAAGAAACAGAAGCUGCUGUUCAGCACUUCGAUGGUUCACACAAAAUAGGACUUGAGCCGACCCGGCAAGCUUCUGCCUGCCCAGAACAAACCAAACAAGUUAAAAUUAGCCAGCCAGCCACCCCCGGGUCAACCCUUUCAAAUCUCUUCAUUUACAUCUGCCAUUAGUAUCUCCAGCACAGAAACACACACACACACUGGGAAGAGGAGUGCCUCUGUAGAAAUACCCUGUACAAUUAUAUAAAAUAAUUGCAUAAAAAUAAUGAUUUUUUUUUUAUCAAAUUUGUCAUUUUUUGCAAUCAGAC